AUGACAUGCUGGGAUAUUCUUCAGGAAAGAUGCGAACUUUUUCUCGAAUCAGCAGCCUAUGUUCAAUGCGAUCGCCGACAACAGCUUCUAAUCAUUCAUCAUCCAUCCAUGAAAAAUCUUCCGGCGUCUUCGGCUAGUUCGAUAUUGAGUGGUAGUGAUCAUGGGAGUGUAGUUAGCAGGCUAACAACAAUAUCGGUUGGAACAUUUAUCCCUAUCCAACUCGAACGGAUUCAAUAUAUUCAACGUGCUGAUGGGAGUAGUGCAGGCCGUUCAGCGCGAAACUAUGAUGCGAAUAACCAUCAACAAGGACAGACUAACCGAAAUCGACAGCAACCGAAGCUUUUAGAAAUAUUUUAUUGUGAGGAUCGGGCGCGGUCGGAGUAUCUCUACAAAAAUGUUCUUAUUCAAUUGAGAAAAUCUGAUGAGGAGUUAGACAAAUGGAUCAAUGCACUGUAUGAAGUUAUGCACGAAUCAAAGAAUUUGAACGAAGCGGCAAAACGAAAUCGAUGGCUUUUGCGCGAAUAUGAAAAGUUGAGAAAUUCACGGGGCGGUUUAACAUUCGAUUCGAUCAAUGGUUGGUUAAAUUCCCAUCUUGGUCUUUUUGGAGAAAAAUCUAACGUAGAAAAAUUGAUGAAACAAGACGAACUCUUUCGUCAAUCGAACGAAAUUACUGAUACUUUAUUCAAUACAAUUUAUUAUUUUUUCGUGAAGAAACAACAAGACAUUCUCACGAAAAUGCUUAUGUCGGAUAUAGUUGAUGAUGGCCACGUUGUGCUAGAAAAAUUCGCAUCGAGAGUGACAAAUAAUCGACGAGAUACUACAGCACAAGAACUAUACAGAAUCAAAGACACAUUACAUCUGGAGCCCGGAGAUUCGUAUAUUUCUCCCCUACAAAGUUUCAAUUAUCUUUGGUCUGAUGCAAACUCCGCUUUUGAUCCAGUUUCCCGUACCACAUGUAUCGAUGAUUUAGAUCAACCUUUGAAUCGCUAUUGGAUUUCAUCAAGUCACAACACGUACUUAGCUAAAACUCAACUGUUUAAUCCAUCAUCGAUUCAUUGUUACAUUCAAGCUUUAUUAAAAGGCUGUCGAUGCAUAGAAAUUGACGUGUUCGAUCCUCGAACUGGAAAAGAACCUGAAAUUACGCAUAAAGGUACGCGUAUCAAGCCUAUUCCAUUACGUGGUGUUCUCGAAGCGAUUAUUGACUACGCGUUUAUAACCAGCGAAUAUCCAGUGAUCAUUUCAAUCGAAAAUCAUUGUUCACCACUGCAGCGCUCAGUCAUGGCUCGAAUGUUUAUUGAAAUCUUCGGUGAUAGUCUUAUCCAAGCGCCUCUAUCGCCAAAUGAACUUGAACUUCCUUCUCCUAAUAAACUAAAGCGAAAGAUUAUUCUGAAGGACUCGAAAAUGAGUGCUCUAUUGCUGUCACCACAAAGCAGUGUUGAGGCCGAUGAACAGUCGGAUAUUUCUACUAGUCGACUGGAAGGACAUGUACAGUUGUACAAUGCAUCAAAAAAAAAUUGGGUAAACUAUAAUUAUACAGCGGAGAAGGACAAUAUCUACUUGGCUCAAGUGUAUGAUUUGCAAAAGAUAGAGAAAAGCUAUGAAGAUAUGAGUGAUGAUGAGCCUGUUGAUGUUGAAAAAGAUGAUUCCAAAGAUGGGUUUAUUCAAAUUUGGUAUCAUGGAAAUAUUUCUCAUGAGCAAGCUCGAAGAUUAUUCCUAGAAAAUGCUGGCUAUGAAGUUGGGACUUUUCUUAUCCGAAGAAGCCAAAACAAGAAUUGUUAUUGUUUGACCUAUCUUGCACCGAGCUCGGCGGUGAAGAGCAUUGAAAUUCAGGAGACCAUAACAGCUGAUGGUGAAUGUCUUUAUUCCCUAGCAGACAGAACGUUUGAUUCAAUCCCGGAUCUCGUUGCUGCUUAUCGAACAUAUAACUUUGCCGAUGCGAAAUCAGAAUCAAAUGAAAGCAAUUCUAUACGAUUAGGACGGCCUGUUCCACGGCCAAAAUGGUACCAAGAGUUGAAGAGUAAAAAGUGGUAUCAACCGGAUUUAACACGAAGACAAGCAGAAGAAUUGUUACGCGAGAUCGGGGAAGAGAUGACAUUUCUCAUUCGAAAAUCAUCCAAUCGUGAUCGACAAGAUUAUAGUUUAUCUGUUUAUUAUAAUGGUGGUAUUCGGCAUUCGCCGAUCUAUACCGAUGGUACGGACUUGAUGUUACAAUCAAAAACCUUCACAAGUUUAGUGGAAAUUGUUGAUUAUUAUUCGCAUAAACCGGUGUUUAAUGGCCUAACUUUACAAGCUCCGGCGAAAUCAUAUGAGGAGUUUCUUCGUGAACGGGAACAGAAUGGCACACAUGGAACGAAUAAGCAUAUAAUCUUUCAGCCAUUAGAAGCAGCGAUUUCCUUACAAGCAGAUCAAUUUCGAAUAAGAAAUAUUGAUGGAAAUUCGGUAAAAUCAACGAUUCAAGUGGAGUUACUUACAAAUGACGAGGAUAAAACGAAACCUCACGGUUAUCUAAUGAAGUUUGAUUCAGCCAAGGAAUGCCAAGUAUUUGCAACACGACGUGGCUUGAUAAUGCCACCAGAAUCACCUCCGCUAGGACCAAAUCCUAGUCGAUCGAAAAAUAAUGCAAUAUCAAACGAAAGUGCAAGAAUGUAUCUUGCGGAUUAUGAUAAACUGAUCAUCUACUGCCAAGGCGUAAAAUUAAAAGACCGAGAUAUCGCGAGAGCACAAGACCUUUUGGAAAAAAUCAAAGGAUUUGCAGAAAUGGUUUCAUUGAAUAGAACUAAAGGUGCUACAUUUUGCUCUGAUAUUCGAUCAAUGCUACAGUUUAAUCUAAAUCAUUUCACUCGUAUUUAUCCUGAUUUUAAUAAGCAAUCGUGGAAUUCGCGAAACUUUGAUCCAAUGGCGUAUUGGGUUUCUGGGUGUCAAAUGGUCGCGCUAAAUGUUCAGAUGCCAGAUCAUCCAAUGCAUUUGAAUGCUGGUCGAUUUGCAGCAAACGGAGGUUCGGGCUAUAUUCUUAUGCCAGAUUACAUACGUUCAUUCGAUCAUCUUAAACCGGAAAUCCACACAGUGUCAAUGUUAUUGAAAAUUCGCAUUAUCGCUGUGCGACAUUUACGGUCCGAUCAAGUGAAAAGUAUAUCGAAAGUUUAUAUCAGAACAUCGAUCGACACUGGAAGUAAACGAAAACAAGCUGAGAAUCAAAGUCUACUGACAACUAUUUAUGGUCCAUGUGGUGUUUGGGAUUCGAAAAAAUCUCCUCCGAAACAAAACGAUCAAUUACUCGCACAAUAUAGUCUUCAAUCGCAUAAUAAAGACGUCGAUAUUCUCUCUUUCGAAGUUGUUACCGAUAAUGAAGAAUUCUGUGGACAAUCAACAAUUCCGUUAUCGUGCUUGAGAUCAGGUUUCCGAUUUUGCUUAUUUGUACAACAAUUAUUUCAAGAUAUUUUCUUAGGUAUUCGAUCUGUACAACUUUACGAUAAAUUCAACGAGCGCUUAGAUUUAAGUGCGCUGCUUGUCGAUAUUAAUUUUCAAACGAUGUAA